UGGCUCGUUCGUACUUCGUAUAUUCUUUCUUGUUUCUUUUUAACGUAUAUCGCCUGUCGUAUCUCGCUCUUUGCAAGUGAUUUUCUAUUCAUCGCCAUUGUUGUACUGAAGUACGCAAAUGUCUUCUCAAGCGAACGAGCCGGCGGAAUCGGCGGGGUCGCUGUUCAAUGUCAAUGGCCUUGUUGCGCUGAUAACUGGAGGAGGGUCUGGUAUUGGUCUAAUGAUAGCCAAGGCACUGGCCAGCAACGGGGCCGCCAAGGUGUACAUUGCAGGGAGGCGCUUAGACACUUUGCGACGAGCUGCCACCAGCAUUGGGCCAAAUGCAGCGGUCCUGCAGUGCGACGUGACGUCCAAGGAGAGUCUGAAGGCGGCAGUCGAGCAUGUCGAGAACGACGCCGGGUAUCUGAAUCUGCUGGUCUGCAACUCGGGCAUUUCUGGCCCACAGGUGACGAAAAUAACGCCAGACAUGUCGCUAGACCAAUUUGCCGACGAGAACUUUGACGUUGAGACGUCCGAGUACACGGAUACAUUUGCAGUCAACACGACGGCUGUCUGGUACACGUCGAUGGCGUUUCUAAAGCUAUUGGGCAAGGGUAACGAGAAGAGAAACCUGCGCCAGUCAUCGCAGAUUGUUGUAGUCAGCUCCAUUGCCGGGUUCAACAAGAAACAGACGGGAGGCUAUGCCUACGGCCAGUCCAAGGCAGCGGCCACCCACGCCACCAAAAUGCUGUCGGUCGCGCUCUCGCAGUGGCAUAUCAGGGCCAACUGCAUCGCUCCUGGAAUAUUCCCGAGCGAAAUGACGGAUUCCGUCAUCAAAUCGUUCAAGGAAGACUCCACAGGGCAAUACAUUGAUGUGCCUGAGAGCGUAGUGCCACUGGGAAGGCUGGGAGCUACAACAGACAUGGCAGGAACGGUGCUAUACCUUGCAUCAGUGGCAGGGGCCUACUGCAAUGGCGUCGCAGUUGUGCUGGACGGUGGCAGACUGGGAACGUUCCCUUCGGUCAACUGAAGUCAUCAGUGGGCCGGACAGAGCAGAAGUGAUCGUGGUGCUAGUGCCAGCCAGGUUAGGCCUCCAUUGACAGGACAAAAAUUGUGUAAAAGCGGUUGGGUAAGAGCAAGGCCGAAUUAAUAAUGGACUUGAUAUCCCAGCUCGGCCCAAAGCUCAUUCAUCAUCGAUACGUACCACGUGGG